AUGGCCGGCCCCAUGCUCAAUCUCACCAUCUUCCGCAAAUCAACUUUCCACGCCCUGCGCGCCAUCUCCCUCGCAACAUUCCCCCUAGGAUUCCUCUUCUUAUUCAUCCAAGGCGUCGCUUGCCAUACUGCAAAUCCGGCCAUCGGCAUCCUACCUCUCUUCUUCUCCUCCGCCUUCUCCGCCCUGCUCCUCGCCAACGAACGGAAGUGCGGAUGCCAGGCCAGCGGGCUAACAGGAACGCCGAUCCACCUAGUAGCCGACUUGAUUCUCGGAGCAUGGCUGCUCGUAUGCUUGAUAUUGGAUUGGGUGCUGAUGGGAAGAGGACGCUGCAAUAAGAAGACGGAGCUUAUGCUAGGGACGUACGGGACGAACUUUUUGAUCUGCAAUUUUCUUAUCCAUUUGUACUUUGUUGGCAUGCAGCUCAGGGAUGCGAUGCUCUUGGGGAUGACUUAUCCGGCGUCCUGCCCGCAGUGCCAGAAUAGAUCGCUCUCGUUUGGCAGUAUUAAGUUGGGGACGGGGCAGGAGAAUGGGUAUACUCCGCUGCUUGAUGCCGAGGGUGGGCUGAGGAGCAGUAUCGAGGUAGAUGGGAUGGCCAAAGACGGUUCAAUCGUAUAG